AUGGGUUCUAUGGGAGGAGCCGGAGUGGCCGACGAGAAGCCACACGCCGUGUGCUUGCCGUUCCCGGCGCAGGGGCAUAUCACCCCGAUGUUCAACGUCGCCAAGCUGCUCCACGCCCGCGGCUUCCAUGUCACCUUCGUCAACUCCGAGUACAACCACGCUCGCCUCGUCCGCACGCGGGGCGCCGCCGCGCUGGCCGGCUUCCCAGGCUUCCGCUUUGACACCAUCCCCGACGGCAUGCCAGCCAUCGACGACUAUGAUGACGACAUCACGCAGGACAUUCCGAAGCUAUGCAAGUCCACCACGGAGACCUGCCUCGAGCCCUUCCGCCGCCUCCUCUCCGAGAUCAAUUCCUCGGCCUCCGCAGAGGGACACCCACCCGUGACCUGCGUGAUCUCGGACGUCAUCAUGGGUUUCUCCAUGGACGCCGCCAAGGAGCUCGGUCUCCCCUACGUCCAGCUCUCGACAGCCAGCGCCGUCAGCUACCUCGCGUACCACCACUACAACCUCCUCAUCGACCGUGGCAUUUUCCCACUUAAAGGUACACACGCGUGUCCCUCGAUCCAACAAACAUACUCACACGCUGCCCUUUCCUUACUUGUCUAUCUCAUUUCUCAACGUGCAUUGCAUGGGUACGUUACGUACGUACGAGUAGAUGUCAAGCUGCUGACGGAUGGAUACCUCAACACGCCGGUGGAGGACGUGCCGGGGCUGAGGAGCAUGAGGCUAAGGGACUUCCCGAGCUUCAUACACUCGACGGACCCAGAGGAGUUCAUGGUGGGGUACGCCAUCAAGGAGACGGCGCGCACGGCCAGCGCGUCCGCCGUGAUCAUCAACAGCUUCGCCGACCUCGAGGGCCAAGAGGUGGACGCCAUGGAGACGCUCCUCGGCCUGCCCAAGGUCUACAUGCUCGGCCCUCUCCCUCUUGUCGCCGCCCCGCAGUCGACGGCCAUCAGCGGCCUCAGCUUGUGGAAGGAGCAGGAGGAGUGCCUGCAGUGGCUCCACGACAAGGACCCCGGGUCCGUCGUGUACGUCAACUUCGGGAGCAUCGUCGUCAUGACCAGCGAGCAGCUGGUGGAGUUCGCGUGGGGGCUGGCCAACAGCGGCAGGGAGUUCAUUUGGAUCAUCCGUCGUGACCUCGUCAAGGGCGAUGCCGCGGUGCUUCCCCCGGAAUUCCUAGCGAUGACGGCGGAGCGCGGGUUCAUGGCUUCCUGGUGCCCGCAGCAGGAAGUGCUGAACCACCCGACGGUCGGCGCGUUCCUCACGCACAGCGGCUGGAACUCGGCGCUGGAGAGCAUCUGCGCCGGCGUGCCGGUCCUCAGCUGGCCCUUCUUCGCGGACCAGCAGACCAACUGCCGCUACCAGUGUAACGAGUGGGGCGUCGGCAUGGAGAUCGACAGCAAUGUUCAGCGUGACGUGGUCUCGGUCCUUAUCAUGGAACUUAUGGAGGGAGAGAAGGGUAAGGCCAUGCGGAAGAGAGCGGAGGAAUGGCGUGAGAAAGCGGUCAUGGCUGCCGAACCGGACGGGUCGGCUCACCGCAACUUCGACGAGCUAGUCCGCGAUGUGCUGCUGGCCAAGCACUAG